GGGUUAACCCUCGAAGUACCCCUCCGAUCUUCAAUUUUCUUUUUUAGGUACCACAACUAUUAGAAACCUCACUCAAAGCUCAGGAAAAUGUGUAACUAGGUCCAAAUCAACGGCAAAUAACUUCCAGAACAAUUGAACAUAUUUUUUACUCCAAGACUAAACAUCACACUUUGAAACAGAGGUUAUGUGCUGAUUUUUAAAUCAUAAGGUAGUGGGAUUUUAUCAAAAAAAAAUAAUAAAAAUAAUCAUCGCCAUAUUUGCAUUUUCUUUCACCGAACAAAAUCAGUGUCUGUGUGUGUGGUGAGAAGAGAAAGCCAUGGUGACUGCCAUUUGCAAUCGAGUUCCUCUUUACGCCAAUCACGUCCUUCACCCCAAACCUUCAGGGGAUAAUUAUACUCUCCAUAAACAGUGCGCAAAUCGAAGCAUCUGUAUGACGAUAUCAGCCAUAGGAGCAGGGAAAGGUGGCGGGGUGUUGGAGAAGCCAGUCAUAGAGAAAACAACUCCUGGCCGUGACUGCGAGUUUGACUUGAGGUUGAGUUCUACCAGCGCGGAGAGGAAUUACCAUGGAGAGAGGCAGGUAUUGGUGGAAACAGCGAGAAACUCCAACCACGGAGGCAGGAACGUUGGAGAAGACAGGGAUGAUUUACCCCUCGCCAGCCAAGGAACGUUGUUGAUUUUCAGGAAAUCAAGGAAAAUGUCUCCGCCUUAUCGCGUGUUGCUGCACAAUGACAACUACAAUAAGAGGGAGUACGUCGUGCAAGUGCUGAUGAAGGUUAUACCUGGGAUGACUGUUGACAAUGCUGUUAAUAUAAUGCAAGAAGCACAUUACAAUGGUCUGUCAGUGGUGAUUAUCUGUGCUCAAGUAGACGCAGAGGAACACUGCAUGCAGCUGAGAGGCAAUGGCCUUCUAAGCUCAAUUGAUCCUGCAAGUGGAGGUUGUUAA